AUGUCGGAGUAUCUCACGCGAAAGAAGCAUCAUUCAAGACCACUUGACUGGGCUCUCUUCUCCUCUCCUACUUCUCAAAGUGAGGAAACUUCUCCGCUUUUGAAGGAAGUGCCGUUGUUUGAUCGUUCUCUUCCUCUUCCUGCUCCUCUUCCUUCUCCUCCACCUUUCCUCCCCCUCCCUCCUACUUUCAGCAUCUCUUAUAACAGUCUCUUCCUCCUCCUCUUCCUCCUACUUCCAGAAUCUCUCAUAACCGUUUCUCUUCUCUCCUCCUCCUCCUCCUCCCUCCUACUUCCAGAAUCUCUUAUAAUAGCCUCUCUUCCUCCUCCUCCUCUCCUCCUCCUCCUCCUCCUACUCCCUCCCUCCCUCCUACUUCCAGUAUCUCUUUUCACAGUUUCGCUUCCUCCUCCUUCCUCCUCCUCCUCCUCCCUCCUACUUCCAGCAUCUCUUAUGACAAUUUCUCUUCCUCCUCCUACUCCUUUUUCUGCUCCUGCUCCACCUCCUCCCUCCUCAUCCUUCUCCUCCUACUCCUCCUCCCUCCCUCCCUCCCUUCUACUAACAGCAUCUCUUGUGACAAUUUCUCUACCUCCUCCUACUCCUUUUCCUGCUCCUGCUCCUGCUCCUCCCUCCUCAUCCUUCUCUUUCUCCUCCUCCUCCUCACUACCUCCCUUCUACUUCCAGCAUCUCUUGUGA